CCGCUACAUGUGUGGCUCGCGGCAAGCCAUUCAUUCGCGAGUGUACUUUGCGCGUGCACAAUUACACACAAGAUUUAUUAUACACACUUUUAUAACCGCUUAUCAUCAACUGUAAAAGUGGGGGUCAAAGCGGAACCUAAACAAAUUUGUUAGUCAACAAUUCUUUUGCCAAAACGUCAGUCCGAGGAGAUUUACGGAUUGAUUUUCUUCAGCUUUUUCAGGGAGGAAAAAGGAAGGAUUAUCAAUUCACCUUCCAAUGCCGCGUAUGCCGUCAUUUUUCCUGAUGGGUUUUCGAACGGUCAUUUUGAUCGUGUCCAAGAUAUGGGAGUUUUUCUGUUAUCAGAUCCGGAAAAACACACGGAAGGUAUUCGAGUAUCAGACGAUUCGAUAUGACACAGCUCCUCUUUCACCACUUUCCAGUCACAAACUUUCGUUAGUGAAGAGAAAAAUCUUAGUGCUAGACCUGGACGAAACAUUGGUGCACUCCAAGCAUGUCAGCUCAACAUUUUUACCAAAUAGACCAAGUAUACCUCCAGAUUUUGUGCUUAAGGUGACGAUAGACUCCGUUCCUGAAAGAUUUUAUGUCUACAAAAGACCACAUGUGGACUUCUUUCUUAGCGUAGUUAGCCAAUGGUUUGAGUUGGUAGUCUUCACAGCGAGUAUGGAGAUCUACGGAUCGCCGGUCGUUGAAAAAUUAGAUAACGGUAGAGGCUUACUGCAGAGAAGAUACUAUAGACAGCAUUGCACACUAGACUCAGGGAGCUACACAAAGGAUUUAUCUGCAGUACAUCCAGAUCUCUCUAGUAUAUUCAUUGUGGAUAACUCACCCGGUGCAUACAGGCUCUUUCCAGACAACGGCAUCCCCAUCGUGUCCUGGAUGUCGGAGCCGAGCGACACCGGUCUCCUCAACCUUCUUCCUUUCCUGGACGCCCUGCGUUUCACGGGCGACAUCCGCUCCGUUCUCCGGCGGAACACGAGUCUCACGGCGCCCCCUCAUUUGACCACGUCGUAGCACCCCCCUCUAGAGUUCGCUUUUUAAUCUAGAUUUGAUCCCGUUUUUUAUGUUUUAUGGUCGAGUACAUUGUCAUAUUUUUUUCUUCAUCUGUGUGGUCAAAGAAGUUGUACAGUUGUAUAUAUAUUUAGAUCGAGAUGAGUUCUGUUUGCCCCCCCCCCCCCACAUCCCUAAAUUCUAAGUUGUAUAGAGGAUGAAUACCCUCAGUCAGUGUAAUCUAGCAUUAGUCCCUUUUUUGUACUGUUCAAGAAUGGCAUUGUUUUCAUAGGGAGAGAAGCGAAGUCCAGCUCCUAGCUAGAAAUUGUUGUCUUGAAUCAGGUUCUGUUUAUUGCAAGAAACCAGUAUUACCGGUAAUGCUAAGGUGCAUGUGGGUAGGAAGUUGUUGUGUUUUUUUUUCUCCACUAAAACUAUUGGGUUCAACUAACUGACGAUUUGCUGCAUGUGCUUUAUGCAAUAGGGAAUGUUGACGGAUAUCUGUACAUUCUUAAGUUCGCGAUCAUGAGUGACCUAACAUUUUGUAAUUACGAAGGGAAGACCGAAUGAUUUGAAUUUGGUGAAAUAUUUAGCGUAUUCUACGUGUAGAAGUUUGUGUUUGAUUGCAGCCAUGUAUGGAG